CCCGACCACAUUCUCAUCAACUUUGGCUGAGCGAUAACCGCGGUGGUACAUGGCUGAGCGAUCAAGACUUUAUCUUCACUUCGCUAUCUGCCACCAGUAAAUCCACUGCAAAAGCAGUGGAGGCGGCUUCAACUCCUUAUGACAUGGCCCGAAUAUUUCGGGCCACGACAACAUAUUCCAUACCUGUUACUACAUGGGGGCCCAAACUAAUCCGCCUCUACUUUCCACCCCUAUCCAUAUCUUACGACAUCAUAGACACCAAAUCAUCUUUUCUUUCGCUCACAAUUAAUGGGUUUAAUAUUUUGCGCAACUUUAGCACGUACGCUGUUAUGGCCCACGCUAAUGCGCACACCAACACCACCGCGCAGGUAACAGACGGUCUUGUAAGAGAGAUUUACAUCACUUUAGACGAAGGAGACGGGCAAAGGGCUAUAAACCUAACUUUCUCACCAAGUAACCCAGAUGGGUUCGGGUUCAUAAACGGGUUGGAGAUUACAUCUGUUCCGGAUGGGUUGUACUUUAACCGUUCCGGAUCCAAUAUGGUUCCAUAUCUUACGGGUGGGUUUCAAGAUUAUUUGAAUAACCCGUUUAAUUUUUCGGAUUCAAUAGCUAUGGAAAAUAUUAUCCGGCUGAACGUUGGUGGGUCGAUCGUGAAUCCGAGUGAUGAUUCCGGACUUAGCCGGACUUAGUUCGGUAGAGACGAUGACUACCAUGAUUAAUGGUCUAAACUACACAAUGCCCUACAACGAUAUGACAAUCAAUUAUACUUUUGCAACACCACCAUAUACGGCGCCAGAGUUAGUGUACUUGACAAUGAGGGUGAUGGGACCAUAUGUUGGAGAAUUGAAGAAAAACCAAUAUUUGACAUGGUUGUUCGAGGUCGAUGUUGGAUUUAAUUAUCUUGUGAGGCUCCAUUUUUGCGAGUUUGAUUCCAAUAUCAACAACGCUGGCCUAAGACGUUUCGACGUUAUUAUAAACAAUCAAAUAGGUGCACAUGAUAUUGAUGUUUUUGCGCUAACUGGUGGCAUUUAUAAUAAAUUUAUAAUCUUCAUAUUAAGUAUAUUUUGAUCACUAAAGUUAACAUACCUUACCUUAUCAAAAGAGGUAAAAAAAAAUUACAAUCUAUACAACCUUUAACUCCAAAAAAACCCGCAAAUGAACUAAAAUGACUAGCAAGACAAAGAAGAAAAAACAAACAAGCUAAGACUAGUAAUAGCUUAUAUGCAUAAGCCAGAGAAAUACAAACACAAUCAUAAAGGCAAGACUAUGAGCCAAAGGUAAUUAUUGAU